CACCAAACCAUGAACCAUUCCCUGCCUGCCCUCUCAACCAUCUGACCUCUUCGGCUCUCUAUCUGUAUAAUAAUCCGAAGCCCAAACAACCACCGCCAAACCACCCCCCACAGUCCCUGUUUGCCUCCCACCGCCUCUGGCCCCCCCUUCGCCACAAUGGUUGACCUCACAGCUCCUCAACCGCGCCUUGCCCCCGCACUCUUUCCUAAUUCUCCCCUCUCGAGGAAGCAGUCGCGGCCAGUGGCAGUGGUAGACGACACUUUCUAUUCCCUCCCCCGCCCUCGAGCUCUCGGAAGCCCCCCACCGCUUUUAUCCCCGUAUCGUGUGCCGGAGGACGGUGGUAUUCAUAACUUAUCGUCUAAGCCUCCAUGUAGCCCUACGAAGAGGCGCAGAGGCCUCCGUAACUUACCGCGCACCGCCCGCCAUCGCCACUGCGGGCGUUCGGAUUGCUGUAUCAAUACCUUCCCCAGGUCCCUCACAUCUCUGGACGAUCUACCCUGGAUUUCUUCGCUAUCCAUCGAACCCGAUUCCGCCAACUCGUGGGACAUCGCCGAUCUCUCGUUCCUUGAUGUCCCCGUCGACGAAGAGUGCACUGGGCCCGGGCCCGUACGACGUCGAAAGACAUCGUUGCGUCCGAAUCCACUCGGACAUGUUUCAAGCAGGAACGAGGAGCCAUCUCAGCCCUGUCUCCCAUUCAUGCACCUGCAUCAGUUCGCCGAUCGGGAACCUCAGACUCCGCCUCCACGGACUCGAUUAGUCCCAUCGGAUGUCGUCUUCGGAGGCCUGUACCCCGUCUUCCCAUGGGACGUCGAGGAGCCGUCCGGGCCGGAUGAUGUUGACGCGUCGCAUUGAUGUAUAUGCCCGGAUUCCCUUGCAGCUGCUGUCAUUCUUGUCAUCUUCACCCACCAUCUCCGCAUCUUCUCAGCAUCCACGCCUCCCAUUGCAAACGGAUCGUGCCCCACUCCAUUCACUUAACGUAUUAUCGCAACAUCGUCUCACUACCAAAUGUUUAUUGGCCCUAAGAGCCUCACGAACAAGCUGCAUUCUCGCGUAUGGCUACGACGCCAUCAGAUUCUCGCUCAUCUCCUCGCAUAGCUCGUCCAUGUUCUCAUCUGUAUGAUUCUUCUGACACUGAUGUUCUCUGCUACCAUAUUGAUGGACAGGCAACCUUCUAAUUUCCUCUCGUCCGCCGCCAUUGCGGCGGACUAUCUCUCGCUGUUCUGAUCUGUCGUUCAGACAACGUUCGAUCUACUGCCUUAUCUUUACGACAACUCACAAUUGAUCUGAUUCUAUAUCUUUCUACCCCUUAUUCGCUUUCCGAAUGUCUGCUCUCUCGUGUAGUUCCUAGCUUUCAGAGUCGAGUUGUUUCGUAGCACUUACUCUCGUUACCCAAUGUUGUUCCUAUCGCUACUGCUGUUGACGAAUCUUACGUGCUGUACGUACUGUAAUGUGAGAUACCUGACGAUGUAUGCAUGUAUUCGGAGGCUAUGUCAAUCCCAUAUAUACGUUCUCCGAGG